CAAAUUCCGUCGGUCGCCAUUUUGAUUAAAGCAUAGGGACAGGUGCUGCAGAUAACUCUAUUCGAGGUUUACGCAGUUUAAAUUAAUUUAUUCUUGAGAGAACUUGUGGUUAAUCGAUUCAGAGCCAUUUAAACGGGCAUUUUAUUUGCAAUGGCCACUGGAGCGAAUGCAACUCCCCUCGGGAAGUUGCACCCCAGUAUCGGUGCUAAACGCGGGUUUGAAGCUGGGCCUGGUGCAGGCAACGGGUUGAUGCCAACUCCGGCCCCCCCUGCGUCGUUCCCUUCUCUUCAGGGUUACCCGGGUUCCAUGCCGAACACAACUUUCUCUCAAGCGCACCAGUUUAAUCCCGGGGCCAAUUUUUCGUCUCCGGUUCAGCCACAGUCGGCGGCGGGAUCCGGGAUGGUCAACCCGGACUUUGGCCAAAAGAAAAGGAAAAAGAGUCGAUGGAGUAGUGAGACCCCUGAUCAGAAGACGGUCAUACCGGGAAUGCCCACCGUCAUUCCCCCUGGACUCACCCGAGAUCAGGAGAGAGCUUAUAUAGUCCAACUGCAGAUUGAAGACCUGACUCGUAAACUGCGUACAGGAGACCUGGGAAUCCCUGUUAACCCUGAGGACAGGUCUCCCUCCCCAGAGCCUAUCUACAACAGCGAGGGCAAAAGGCUGAACACCCGUGAGUAUCGUACUCGGAAGAAGAUUGAGGAGGAGCGCCACUCCCUUAUCACAGAAAUGAUUGCUCUCAACCCUGACUUCAAGCCUCCAGCAGAUUACAAGCCUCCAGCCACUAGAGUAAGCGACAAAGUUAUGAUCCCCCAAGACGAAUACCCUGAAAUCAACUUUGUCGGUCUGCUAAUUGGACCACGUGGUAACACACUGAAAAACAUUGAGAAAGAAUGCUGUGCUAAGAUCAUGAUCAGAGGAAAAGGUUCUGUGAAAGAAGGAAAAGUUGGCCGCAAAGAUGGACAGAUGUUACCUGGUGAAGACGAGCCCCUGCACGCCCUGGUGACUGCUAACACCAUGGAGAACGUCAAGAAGGCUGUGGAACAGAUUCGCAACAUCCUGAAGCAAGGCAUCGAAACCCCAGAAGAUCAGAAUGAUCUACGGAAGAUGCAGCUAAGGGAGCUGGCCAGACUCAACGGGACACUGAGGGAAGAUGAUAACAGGAUCCUUCGUCCUUGGCAGAACUCUGAGCCACGCAGCAUCACCAACACCACCCUCUGUACCAAAUGUGGUGGAGCUGGUCAUAUUUCUUCUGACUGCAAAUACACCAGUACCUUUGCAACCCAGAGAGCAACAGGUGGUGAACCCCCUCAGUCAGCCCAGGACAAAGCUCGAAUGGAUAAGGAAUAUCUGUCCCUCAUGGCUGAGCUGGGGGAGGCCCCUGUGCCAACUUCUGGAGGAGCCCACUCCAGCACUGCGACAGGAGCUCCCCGGGCCUCUGGACCAAACAAUAACCAGCAGCUUUCGAACCGGCCUCCUUGGAUGAGCUCUGGUCCUACUGAGAACAGGAGUUUCCCUGGGAUGGGAGGGCCUACUGGGCCUGGAGGCCCUCAAAACUUCCCACCCCCUAUGCCCAGCAUGGGAGGACCACCUAUGCCCCCUAACCCUAAUGGCCUACCUCCACCUUGGAUGCAGCCCCCUCCACCUCCAAUGGGCCAGGGACCUGGACCUCAUGGACACCCGAUGGGUCUGCUCCCACCUCCAAUGGGUAUAAUGCCACCCCCACCGCCUCCCCCUGGCAACCAGCCCCCUCUUCCUUCUGCUCCCCUGCCACCAUGGCAACAGCAGGCUCCACCCCCACCUCCUACCAGCAGCAUGGGAACCAGUACACCACUACCUUGGCAACAGAAUACCACCACGACCUCCAGCCCUGGCUCCGGAAGCCUGCCUCCAUGGCAGCAGCCCCAACAGCCUGCAGUAUCUGCAGCCCAGCCACCACUACCCAUGGGAACCCAAUCCAUGGUACCACCUCCGCCUGGAGUGCAGCCCCCGCUGCCCCCUGGAGCCCCCCCACCGCCACCCCCUCCACCUCCAGGCUCAACCGGCAUGAUGUAUGCCCCACCGCCACCACCACCACCCAUGGACCCUUCUAACUUUGUCACCAUGAUGGGCAUGGGGGUACCUGGCAUGCCACCAUUCGGCAUGCCUCCUGCUCCCCCUCCACCUCCUCCACAGAACUAAUCCUACCACAGAAAAGUAGUUUUCACACCCUCUGCAGAACAUUACACACCAGCUACCAACUGACUGAUGCUUCAUCCUGAGCACCCGAGUACGCAAAGGAAAAAUGUAUGAGCAGUGCUCUAAUUUUAUUGAUCAUCUGUUUUGUUGCUGAAACAACACAAAGUACUGUUCAUACAGAUUGUAAAGUUGUGGACCUUAGUUUUUUCCCUGUUUAAAGUUUUGGUUGACAUGUGAGUUUUUGUAUGGAUGUGAACACUGUUUUCACCAAGCAUUCGUGUCAAAGAUGCUACUGUUAGUCCUGUUGUUUCUAUACGGAAUUCAUCGACGACUCGGUUCAGUUUAAUUUCUGCUCAAACAUCUCCUCAGCUUCUUCUGGUUUUGACCUGUUGAAGCUAAACUUGCAUGGUUCACCUGAGACGACUCAUACUCUUGGAAGUGACAAGUUUAUAUUUCUGUCCUGGCUUUGAGCUAAAUAAGAUAAAUAUUUUUGUAUUAAGUGAAGUGUAUGUUCUGUAAACCAUUUGUAGUUCUGAGAAGGAAAGCCCAGGGUUUUUUAUGUUUGGUUCCUUUCAAGCCUCCAAGACAGUCAGCUAUAGGGUCCUGCUAACGUCUCACUAGCAAAAGAAACGUUUGAGGAUGUUCUUGGGUUCAGCACCUCUGUGCUCCAAGGACAAUGGUCAUAUGUGUUUUGUUGCUUCUGCAAAGAACUGAAAAAAAAUGUCCCUCAGGCUUUUGGAGGAAAUGUUUUCUUUGUUUCUGGCAUAACUCUUUGUUUUAAAUGAAAACUUGUUGAAAUCCUGCUUGGUUUAGUAAUAAACUUAUCAAAGUCA